ACGAGCUGCGCCAUGCAACAGAUCAUUAUAAAUGGCGAGGUCACGCUGUCCCGGCAAGGGCAUCGUUCCUGGAAAAUGAUGAACCCGGACGGUGAAUUCGUUCCUCCGCCGGAGGCGCCGGUGUUUGAGCCGACGCCCGAAGAGUUUAAGGACCCCAUGGCAUACAUAGCGAAAAUUCGACCCAUCGCGGAACAGACUGGGAUUUGCAAAAUCAGGCCACCUACGGACUGGCAGCCACCAUUUGCUGUGGAUGUGGAGAACUUCAAGUUCACCCCAAGGGUGCAGCGUCUAAAUGAACUAGAAGCAACUACGAGAAUAAAGCUCAACUUUCUAGACCAAAUAGCAAAAUUCUGGGAUCUGCAGGGCUCAAGACUGAAGAUACCCAAUAUAGAAAAAAAGGCCCUCGACCUCUAUAACCUUUAUAGAUUCGUCCACGAUGAAGGCGGCAUGGAGCAGGUGUGCCGAGACCGGAAAUGGGCCAAAGUUGCGUCCCGUAUGGGCUAUGCCCCCUUGCGCACCGUGGGCUCGCUACUGCGUCAACACUAUGAGCGUAUCCUCUACCCAUAUGACGUCUUCCAGAGUGGGGCAAACCUCGGGGACAUUAACUUAAGUGAAGACUCUGAAGACUGUGACAAGAAAGACCGUGACUACGUGCCCCAUGGCAUUCCAUCACGGCAAGCUAUCAAGCCUCCCCAUGACCGAUCAGCUCGUCGUUCCAAACGUCAUGGCAAGGAACCAGCAGAGUGUCUGGAUAUUGUCGCGGAGGAUGAUGUUGACUAUUCGACUAAUAAUGAACUGAGAAAACUACAGUUUUAUGGAGCAGGGCCGAAGAUGCCUGGCUACUGCCCUAAAGGGUCGGGGAGUGCUGACGAGAUGAAGGAUGAGUGCUGCGAACUGAAAGAGGAGCGAAAACCGAAACCUGGGAUGCCUGUUAUUGAGCAGAUAGUGUGCCACACGUGUGGGCGGGGUGACGACGAGGAGAGCAUGUUGCUGUGUGACGGCUGUGACGACAGUUACCACACUUUCUGCCUGAUACCUCCGUUGCCCGAGAUUCCACGCGGUGACUGGCGCUGCCCACGCUGCGUCGCUGCGGAAGUGCGGAAACCCCAGGAAGCGUUCGGCUUUGAGCAGGCAAUACGCGAAUACACCCUCCAGGACUUUGGCGAGAUGGCGGACAAAUUCAAGUCCAGCUACUUCAGUAUGCCAGUGCAUAUGAUUUCCACAGAGACUGUGGAGAAAGAGUUCUGGAGGAUUGUUGCUGCUGUUGACGAAGAUGUCACAGUGGAAUAUGGUGCGGACCUGCACUCAGUGGAACACGGCUCGGGCUUUCCCACAAAGAGCAGCAACCUGUUGCCUGGUGAAGAGGUCAGUCAGCAACAAGAGAAAGAGUGCAGAGAGGACAUCGACGAUUCAGUUGACUACAUGAACUGUGGCUGGAACCUCAACAACCUUCCUGUUGUGGAUGGUUCUGUACUGCGACAUAUUAACGCAGAUAUCUCUGGCAUGAAGAUUCCAUGGAUGUAUGUUGGUAUGUGCUUCGCCACAUUCUGCUGGCAUAAUGAAGACCACUGGAGUUACUCCAUCAACUAUCUUCACUGGGGGGAGCCCAAGACUUGGUAUGGAGUCCCUGGUGGGAAGGCUGAGGUCUUUGAAGAUGCUAUGCGCUGCGCUGCACCUGAGCUCUUCCAAGCGCAACCCGACCUGCUUCAUCAGCUGGUCACUAUUAUGAACCCCAAUAUUCUCCAGGCUUCUGGAGUGCCUAUAUACCGAACAGAUCAAAACGCAGGAGAGUUUGUAAUCACGUUCCCCAGGUCUUACCACGCUGGCUUCAAUCAAGGUUACAACUUUGCUGAAGCUGUCAAUUUUGCACCUGCUGACUGGCUCCCCAUAGGGCGAGUGUGCGUGUCGCACUACAGCAUGCUGCGGCGAUUCUGCGUCUUCUCGCAUGACGAACUUGUAUGCAAGAUGGCGGCCAAUCCAGAGCAUCUAGACAUCAGCCUGGCAGCAUCGACUUACCAGGACAUGUUGAAGAUGGUGGAAACAGAACGGGAGCAACGGCGGCGCCUGCUGGAGUGGGGCAUCACCGAUGCAGAGCGCGAGGCAUUUGAGCUCCUGCCGGACGACGAGCGGCAGUGUGACUACUGCAAGACAACGUGCUUUCUUUCGGCUGUCACGUGCUCAUGCAAUGGCUCAAAAUUAGUCUGCAUACCCCAUCGAGACCACCUGUGCGAUUGCCCACCCAGCAACCAUUGCCUCCGGUACCGCUACACACUAGAUGAGCUGCCGAUUAUGCUCCACCGCCUGAAAGUGCGGGCGGAAUCGUUCGACAACUGGGCAAUCAAGGUGAAGGCUGCACUGGAAGCCUCCGAAGAUGAGGACAAGCUGGAGCUUUCUGAGCUGAAGGAGUUGGUUCAAGAGGCUGAGGAGAAGCGCUUCCCGCCGACGGAACUGCUUCAGUCACUGACAAAGGCUGUGCAGGAGUCCGAGAAGACGUCCAACGUGGCCCAGCAGCUUCUGAGCAAGAAAGUGCGCACACGCAACCGCCAGUCGCAGGAUGCCAAGUACACGUCUCGGCUAACCCUUGACGAGCUGCAGGUAUUCUACGAGCAGCUCUCCAAGCUACCAUGUGUGAUCAAGGAGUCUGCGAUGAUUCGUGACCUUGUGGACAAAGUUGUCGACUUCCAGAGCAGUGCUCGUGAUCUGCUCACUUUGGACGAGAUGGGCGAGUCAUGGCGCCUUGAGAAACUUCUUGAAGCAGGGCUCAACCUGGACAUGGAUCUCCCAGAGAUACCACAACUAAAGCAGAAGGUGCAGCAAGCUCAGUGGCUGGAGGAGGUGCAGGCUACCCUGCUACCACAACCACAGGCUCAGUCGGAGACGCAGCCUGAGGCAAAGCCGCAGCGCGCGAAUAGAAAUCCACCGACAUUGGAGGAGCUGCGCCGCCUACUCGAAGCUGGGGUCGCCAUACCCCCUCACCCAGUCUCUGAGCGAGCCUUGGCUGAAUUGCAAGGCCUCCUGACAGCAUCCGAACGGUGGGAGGAGCGCACAAAAACUUGCCUGCAGGCACAGCCCCGCCAGACGUUGGCUGCCUGCGAGGCCCUGGCCGAGGAAGGAGCCGCCAUUCCCGUCCAUUUGCCGAGCCUUGCUGCCCUGAAGGAUGCCAUCCGCAGAGCAAGAGAGUGGGGCGCCCGCGCUGAAGCCCUUCAGGGCUCGGAGUCCAAAUACCCAUACCUAGAAACCUUGGAGAAUCUGCUGCAGAAGGGCCGGCCAAUACCAGUGUGCCUGGAGCAGCUGCCGCAGCUGGAGUCUCAGGUGGCAGCGGCCAAGGCCUGGAAGGAGCGCACAGCACGGACUUUCCUCAAGAAGAACUCUGCCUACUCCUUGCUUGAGGUGUUGUCGCCUCGCCGGGACAUUGGCAUCUAUCAGGUCACCGCACGAGGCAAGAAGAAGCGGUUGCGCGAUGGACCACUGCUGCCCGACAAAGAGGAGCCACCAGAAAUAAAAACUGAAGACACCAAGGACCCGGCCACCGUUGUGGCUGCUUUCAAAGAGUCUGUGGCACAAGAGCUGGAGAGCAUGAAGCAGCUGCGAGCACACAACUUGCGCAAGCGCCUUGAGGACACCGGCCAGGCACGCUACUGCACCUGCCAGAACUUAUUUGGUGGCCAUAUGCUGCAGUGUGAGCUCUGCAAGGAUUGGUUUCAUGCUAGUUGCGUGCCGACACCCAAGGCAAGGGGUGCGGCAAAGUCUGGCAACUCUGGGGGAGGCAGCAGCCCUGGAGGUGGUGCGGCUGGCUCGUCGUCGCCAGGAUCAUCCGUCUUCUCUGUGGCCUCGGCCAAGGAGAAUAAGUUCUUGUGCCCCGGGUGCCUGCGGUCACGGCGGCCUCGGCUCGAGACCAUUCUGUCGUUGCUGGUGUCGCUACAGAAGCUGCCCGUGCGGCUACCUGAAGGGGAGGCGCUGCAGUGUCUCACCGAGCGAGCCAUGUCGUGGCAGGACCGUGCCCGGCAAGCACUGGCCACCGAUGAGCUGGCGGCAGCCCUGGCCAAGCUGUCUGUCCUUUCCCAAAAAAUGGUGGAGCAAGCAGCACGAGAGAAGACUGAGAAGAUCAUCAAUGCUGAGCUGCUUCGAGCAGCCAGCAAGCCGGAGCUGCAGCCGCACCUGCAGAGUGUGGCACAGUCGGCAUUUGGAGGGCUGCGGGCGCAGGAGAAAAAUGGCAGCAGCUCCGACGUGGAGGCAGCCAGCAUGCCAGAGGACGCUGUUCCAACUGUUGCAGCAGAACAGGAAGUGUCUCUUGUAAGCAUGUCUCAGGAUGGCCUUGAAGAUGGCGAUGUGAAGCCCACGAUGGAAGAUGAAAAGCUGCCUCCUUGCGACAGCUAUAGCAGCAUGGAGCAUGCCUAUUCGACUGCGUCCAAGAACAAUGCUAUGUGCAACCCUUCACCCCGCAAGCACGCGCGCAAGUCUCCGCUGGUGCCACGGCAAGUGGAGAGCCCUGUACUGGAACUGAGUGCAGGGGCUAAGACGCGGUUGGAGGCACUGCUCACCGAAGGGGAUCUGCUGGAGGUGUCGCUCGACGAGACUGGCCACAUCUGGCGCAUUCUUCAGGCCACCAAACCACCGCGGGAUCCCCAUUCACCUUUUGAAGCAUACCCAGAAUUUGAGGACUACUCGGAGGCUUCCAAGAGAUUUGAUAAGAGAACAAAAAAGCGCAAGGUAGAGCAUGCAGAACCCACAACUAAGCCACGUCCAAAGCCGAAGCUGCAGAAGCGAACACCAAACAAGGACGAGGCUGGCAAUCCGUCCACAUCAGCCGGCCAGGGAGCUUCAAGUGUCGUCGACUCUUCAACAGCCAAAGCGGCCAGUGGGGUCAAGAAGGUGUCUAGAGGUGUGGCGGACACUGGGAAGCAGCCCGAGCGCAAGGUGCGACCCAUCAAGAAGGUGCGCCGUGAGGACUCUGGUUCUGGCGGUGCUGCCUCUAGUGACAAGGUGGUGAAACGACGGCGAGUGGCCCAUCGCCCGCAAAAUGCGUCACCGUCCGCUGAGACAGCCGAUGUGGCAGACGAAGUCUGCUCGGCACCAGACUGUGUCCAGCCUCAAGGUGAGGCGGUAAACUGGGUGCAGUGUGACGGAGGCUGUGAACAGUGGUUCCACCUGCUUUGCGUGGGUCUGAGCAUGAAUGAGGUGAAGGACAGUGAGGACUACUACUGCCCACAGUGCAGUCAGCCUGACGUUAAAUCCACGAAUCGCAAUGGCCAGCAAGAUGUCAGUGAGAACGGAGACUUGUCGGGACUGCCUGAAGAAAUGGUUGACUCGGCAGCGGAAGCCGAAGAUUCCAACAGUGCAGCCGUUUCCUCAAUCUUGGAGCCUUCGACUGGCGCUGCACUUGUAACAGCGGCUGUGUGAAGUGUUGUGUAGUGGUGUCCUUGUUUAAAUGAGUGAGGCGUGGGGGGACGCUGCCGUGUUUAAAGAAAGCUGUUAUCACAAAGGUUGAGCCUCAGGUAUGAUGUGUUGUAAAGGUUGGGGAGGGAUGUGUGUUGGUUUGUGUUGUAGUGAGAUCCUCGUGUGGCCACAUUGUCGUGGUCAUUGUGGUGUUCAUUAUUUUCAUGUGUGUGUGUGUGUGACGGGUCUUGCUCACUGCUAAACGGAAGCAUGUGAACCGGUUCACAGAGGGGGGCCUACUGUUCACGAUUCCUACCCACUUGUGUGGUCACCACCUUGUAAGCUUUUCCACCCUUGGUCCUCUGUCGUAGCAGUGCCGUUUAGCGUGUAUCUUCCUUAUUUCAUUUUUUUCAUCCUGAACUGCCCGUGUUCCUUGCUCUAUUGAACCAUUCUUGUACACAUUUUUAUUCAUCAGUAAUAUCUUUCGCUUUCUUUCACAGCAUACGCUGCUCUUUCUGAUUUAAUAUUGCACACUGCUCCAUAAGCCGUGCGUAGGUUUCCUGUCCACUGGUACGAUUAGGUCAGUGUGUCGGGUUCGCUUCUCUGAGGAAACGUUAUUGUUCACACCUUGAUGUGUAGCACAAAUGUGCACUCACACACACAAGCACAUUAGACAAGACCUGCCAGCCUAUCCUUUUAGACAACUUUCAGCAGCCAUCACCUUAUGUACAUAUAUACAUACAUUGAAUGUCUUAUAACACCCAUACGAAAACCACAAAACUGACAAAAAAAUGAAAACCUGUAUUAUUAGGUGAUCAUGGUGCUUGCUGUUGUUUCUCACCAUGUGACCUCAUUGUGUUCGUUUGUCAGCUCUGGUUUAUUAUGUACAUGUACAGUCGGCUUGCAGGAUAUCAUGCAAAAAUUAAGAGCAGCUGUAGCUUGGUGGCACAAGCAACUGUAGGCGUGCAGAUGGCUUGGUAGUAUUGAAGCUGCAGUUUCCUUCGACGAGUGGCGCCCUGUUAAACCCUUCAUUCGACGUUGUCAUCGCCUGCACCUCUUCAUUCAACCAGUUCACAUAGAUUCCCAUAUCGUUCCUUUGCUGGUGCAUCAAUAGGAGUAUAAUCAUGAUGAGGACGAACAAAAAAUGACAUUGCGCUGUUUAACCACAUUGGACAUCUUUCUUGCAGGGGGAGGCCACGUUUAACUCUGGGCGUACACUUUUUUUUGUUCAUUUUUCUCGGCACCUGCGUUAGGGAUAUGGCACUGCAUCUCUCAUUACUGUAUUCAUCAGCUUGCUUGUACCACUUGUAUGAUAGGUUUAGAGCUGUGGCAGAGAUUAAAAAGCCACAUUUUAUUUAUUUUCAGUUGUGUUAUAUUGUGGCUCCAAGGUCAGUCGAGUGAUGUGGUUUCAAACCCUUCCUCUCUUUAUGUCAAAUCGUUGUUCUUUUUUUUUUAGGUUUGGUUUUGUGCAAUCCCCUUGUCAUUUGGUCGCAUGUUAGUGAAUAUGCAUGAUCGUGGCUUAUUUUUUAGCCUUUUGUUGGUUACCGAGCAACUGACAAAUCACGCUGAAUCAUGUACGUGCACAUUGCUUGAAACUGUAAUUUUUCUUUUCCUCAUGUAAUAGUGCAGGUCCCUAAAAGAAAUGCAUUUAUUAAAGAUUCGAAUAUUUUGCAUGUUUACAAUUGUGUGGUUUAUGCAGCAGAUGAAAACAUUUUUUCCCCCCUGUAUUUAAUAUGUGAUUGCACGCAAGCUGCUGUUGGACAAGAAUGUACUUGAAACUAAUUAGAUCUAUCUGUCUCUUUUUGUACAUAUGCAGUAAAAAUUUUCUGGAGAACAGUUGUGUUUUUUUUCUUUACUUUCUUACUGAACAUCUUGCAAAACCGAGUCAAAUCUAUUAUAUGUUCUUGUUUGUUUGCAAAUUGUUUUAUAGCUUGUCUGGCUGCUUAAAUGUUUUGGCUGAAUAAACAGCCUAUUUCUGAGACCA